AUCGAUCAAUCAGCCGCGUCUCUGUCCUACAUUUGAGCUCCAAACACACACCGACCGUCCGUCCUCGCAGGAGACGACAGACAUGCUGCUGUCCAGAGCUCUGACAGGGACUCUCAGCACUCUGCUGCUCUGCUCUGCACUGAUGGAGUGCACAGUGUUCCUGCAGCCGUCAGCAGCUGGACAGUUCCUCCGUUCUGCCUCCAGGAGGCGUCGAGCCAACGCCUUCCUGGAGGAGAUAUUACCGGGGAACCUGGAGAGGGAGUGUUACGAGGAGAGCUGCUCACAGGAGGAGGCCGCUGAGAUCUUCCAAACGCGAGAGAAGACGCUGGAGUUUUGGUACAAAUACAUAAAUCUGAACCCCUGUCAGACUAAUCCUUGUCUGAACGGAGGGAUCUGCACUCUGGAGCGAGGAGACUUCACAUGUCUAUGUCCACCUCAGUACCACGGCAAGACCUGCGACUCAGUGGUGUUGGAGUGUCGCUAUAGAAAUGGCGGAUGCAUGCAGUACUGCAGAGAUCUGGUGGGUGGAGCCGGAGUUCAGUGUGGCUGCACUGAUGGAUAUAAACUGGAGGAUGAUGGACAGAGGUGCUCCAAGACCGCGGUGUUUCCUUGCGGCCGGCAGCAGAUGAUGGCGUUGUAUCGAAGCCGCUCUCUGUGGCCUCUUCAACAUCAACCACUGGACAACAUCACCAUGGAGACAGACGCCACGAUAGACGGCAACAUCAUAGGGAGCUGGUUGAACUCUACAGAGGCAGGAUGGGAUAUGAUGACAGUGAAUGCAUCUCAGCAGAGAAGAGAGAACGAGACAGAGCUGAUGGAGGAGGAGGAGGAGGCACGAGGGGGAGGAACAGGUGGGCCCUCCUCUCGAAUAGUGGGUGGAGUCCUGGAGAAACAAGGAGGCAGUCCCUGGCAGGUUCUGAUCCGCAGGUCUGAUGGUUACGGUUUCUGUGGGGGGACUCUGGUUUCUGAUCGCUGGGUCGUUUCUGCAGCUCACUGCUUUGCGGAGACUGCAGACCACGUUACUAUAGGUGACUAUGAUAAGCGGCGUCUUGAUCCAGGUGAGCAGCUAAUAAAGGUUCAGCAGGUGAUGGUUCAUCCUCACUUCCACUCCUUCACCUUUGACAGCGACAUCGCUCUGCUGUACCUCGCCACGCCUGUCGUCAGGGGCCCCACCGCCGUCCCCGCCUGCCUGCCUGACCCUCACCUGUCCAAAUACCUGCUGAAGGCAGAUAAUCGGGGCCUGGUGACAGGCUGGGGGGCCACGAAGUUCAUGGGCAAAUCCUCCCGUUUCCUGAGGAAGGUGGUGCUCCCAGUGGUCAGCUACCGCGACUGCACCAUGUCCACUGAACAGGUGAUCACAGACAACAUGUUCUGUGCAGGAUACCUGAAAGCCGGCAUUGAUGCGUGCAGUGGGGACAGCGGAGGACCCUUCGUAGUGAACUACAGAGGGACCUGGUUUCUGACCGGCGUGGUCAGCUGGGGAGAGGAAUGCGCCGCCAGGGGGAAAUAUGGCGUUUACACCCGACUGGGCAACUUCCUGAGCUGGAUCAGAGACACUAUGGACAGACUGGACCUGAACGCCACUCAGAGCUGAAGACAUGUUGAGGUCUGACUUCAGGUCCUCUGUCAUAAUAAUCUGUUCAGUUCAGCGCAAGUUGCUGUUUACACCAAUCAAUCAAUUAAUCAAUCAAUCUUUAUUUAUAUAGCGCCAAAUCACAACAAAGUCAUCUCAAGGCACUUUACACAUAGAGCAGGUCUAAACUGAACUAUUCAGGUUUAAUUUAAAGAGACCCAUCAUUCCCACAUGAGCAGCACUUAGCGACAAUGGCAAGAAAAAACAGGAAAAACCUCAGAACCAGACUCAAAGUGGGAGAACAUCUGCCUCGACCGGUUGGAGUAGAGAGGAGAGAGGAAGGAGAGGAGAGAGAGAGAGGAAGGAGAGGAGAGAGAGAGUGAGAAGGAGAGGAGAGAGAGGAGAGAAAGAGAAGCACAUUGAAGGUCCAGGACUGGAAUCUGUCAUCCGGACGUCUACAGGCCCAGAUUACCUGUGAGACGAGAAAGCACAGACAACUCCGGGGAAGAAAUUUAGCUUAUUGAUGCAUUAAUAGUACAUGAAUGUUAAUGGGUAUAGAUGGAUGGAUAGAGAGAGGAGGAGAGAGGAGCUCAGUGCAUCAUGGGAGUCCCCCGGCAGUCUAAGCCACCAGAGAACAAGUGUAGUUCACUGAGAUGACAUCAACAGAUCACAGUGACGUUAUUCACUCUGAAUAUUGAGCGCGGAAGUUCAAGCUUCACUCAGAGAUGCUUUAGAAGUUUCAAUAGAAUAGUAAGUGGACCUUUGAGUUGAGAUUAUUGGUGCUUCAUCCCUGUUUCUGGUUAGAGUUGCAGUUCAGUUACUGUGCAGUUUAUUUUCUGUCUAUUUUCUUACUAACAAUAAAUAAAAUACAGGAGCUGAA